AUGUGGCACUUCAUUAGUGAUCCAUGUCGCGUUGGCUGAGCAGUGGCGAGGUUUCUCUCGGGCUUCAACUUCAUACGGCCAGAGAACAUACUUGGUCGAGUGAUGUUGUUAUUCUACUGUGCUGUGCACGCACACAUGCUUUGUGCAGACGGAAACGACACAAGCAACGGAAAACGAUUAGAUUUAUCCAAACUAAUGCACAAAGCAUGGGUAGCCUAUACGGUUGGCGACAUAGGAACUGAACGUAAACAGGCUUCGGUGUGAAAAUAUGUUAAACCCUGUCGGGAAUUGCACUAUGAUUUUCGAGCGAGACGUUCUUUACAAAAUGGCAGCCAUGGUGCGGGGACGGACUGUAGUCUAUUCGCUUCGCGAGGGAAGGACAUAUAUUUAUUUUCAUAUUAUUCGCAGUCACAUCAUCAACGCGAGCGGUGAUCUGGUCUUGGGCGAAGCAAAUCUCUCCGUAUUGGUUCCUGGCGAGAUGCCAAGUAGUGGAACCUAAGUUGCCAUAGAAACGGGAUCUUCCUUCCAUGACGAUGCAUCGAACGACCAGAAUUAAGAUAACUGAGCUGAACCCCCACCUCAUGUGUGUGCUGUGUGGUGGAUACUUCAUCGAUGCCACAACCAUUAUAGAAUGUCUCCAUUCAUUCUGCAAGAUGUGCAUUGUGCGCUAUCUGGAGACCAGCAAGUAUUGCCCCAUCUGUGACGUGCCAGUACACAAAACCAAGCCUCUGCUCAAUAUAAGGUCUGACAAAACCCUACAAGACAUUGUCUACAAGCUGGUCCCUGGUCUCUUCAAAAAUGAGAUGAAGAGAAGGAGAGACUUUUACGCGGAUCACCCUUCUGUAGAUGCUACGACAAGGUCUAAUGAGGAUCGAGGGGAGGUGGCGGACGAGGACAAGAGAAUCAUCACAGACGAUGAGAUCAUCAGCCUCUCCAUUGAGUUCUUCGAUCACAACAAGUACUUCAACAAGGCUGAACAGACCGGCGUGGCUGAGGACCAGCUGACUAAAGAACAGGUGAACAAUAAGAGGUAUCUGCAGUGUCCAGCAGCCAUGACCAUCAUGCACCUGAGGAAGUUCCUCCGCAGUAAGAUGGACAUCCCCUGUACCUAUCAGGUUGAAGUGAUGUAUGAAGACGAGCCACUGAAAGAUUACUACACAUUAAUGGACAUAGCCUACAUCUACACCUGGAGAAGGAAUGGCCCUUUGCCAUUGAAGUACCGCGUCAGACCUAGCUGUAAGAAGAUGAAGAUGAGUCAUCUGCAGCAGGAGGGCCAGAACAGCACUGGUCGGUCCGCUGAGAGCGACUCAGCCAGCGACAAAGCCUGUAGCCCUGCCGCUGUCCCCUCCACCUCCUCCUCCUUGCCCAGCCCUGGCACCCCGGUGCAAUCGCCACACCCACACUUCCCCCACAUCUCCAAGCCUGUCAAUGGAGCCUCCACCUCGGCCCCAGCCCCAGCCCCUACCAGACCCUUCCCCUUUGGAAAAAAACCACGGAAGGCCUCGCUGAAUGGUUCUUCUGCAUCCUCGGGAUGACUGGCCUGAAAUCCGGGCCGACAGCCAACGCCAGACCGCUCAGCUAAUAUCUUCAUGCCAAUGUAGUUCCAUUGUUGUAGACGCUCUCUUUUUGUUAUCGUUGUUGUUAUAAAUAUAUGAUAUCUGUUUAAGUAGUGGAAGUGAAGCAUUUCAAUAGGAACAUAGCAGGGAUGGGACAUUAAGUUGGUGAAAGGGAUGUUGGUGAUAGAUGAAUGGUCGAAAAUGAAAGCCCCCAAAAAGCUGCGUUUUAUUUUACAAAUGUGACUGAAGAUGGCCUUUAUAUUAUUUCCUUUAUUUUAUUUUUUAUUUUUUUCAUAUCAAAAUAUACAUGUGUUGACUCUUGUAAGUGUGUAUUUCAGCCUGUUGUUGUCAGAUAAAAGCAUGGUAGAAACCGAUAGGCUUUACUAAUAUUUGAAACGUAUCUAUUGUUCUUUCGAUUGGCUUUUGGAAAGCGUUUCACAGAGAAAUAUAAUAAUCAAUAUAUUAUGUGGAGUCAACUAUUGUAGUAUUGGGCCCACGAUUUUAUGAGAAAACAUAUGAAAGAUCUGCUAAAUGUACAGAGCUUUUAUUAGGCUGUAGGCUACUCGGGGGGGAAAUAAUUUUUUAGCUGCUGUGGAAUCGAAUUGCUUAUAGUCUCGACAUCCCUGAACCCUUGAAGCAGCCAAGCAGUUCAGAAAGUCCACACACACACCCAUGUAUAUAGCGAAAUAUAUGCAUAUUUAAGCAGUAAUUAUGUCAAAUACUGUCCUGAACAAACCCCCCCCCCCCCCUUCAUGCUAGAUGACAAAUGUUUUUUGAUGUCUCCCAUGUUCUGCGUAUUUGUAUCGCUCGAUUGUAUGGACAACUAUUGUAUUGUUACUGUUGCACAGUAUAACAUCUAAAUAAAACAUUUUACACUUAAA